AUGUCUGAAGGGCAUCACAUGGCAGACAUAGCUUGGCAGCCAGUUGUUGUUCCACAACCCCACAUCCUCACCUACAAAUCCGGCUUAAAAUCUAUGGAAGACAAAACGAUCGAGCUACAAGUUCAACCCUCCAAUAUUGAGCCAAUGGACAUCGACGAUCCUGACGAGGUCAUUAACGAACCUGCAGACAUAAUUCCAGAGGCCCACACGUCCUCAAUGACCAUCAAGUUGAGCUACCUCCUCUACAAGGAGAGACAAUCUGGAGACCCUCUGGCUCGCCCGCACUUCUUUAAAAUUACACCUACUGAAUCUGUGCGCGAUUGGACCGGCAAUAUCUCAGAGGCAUCGUUUGAAGAAUUCAAAAAGACUCUCUUCGCUCAUGUGACAACCAGCCGAAAAAUUCGCCGGAUUCUGGACAUGGGCAACUGCUCAGGGAGACUGUACUUCUAUGUCAGUGCUCAUUUAGGACAGCCCCUCGGUGUUUUUUGCCCACUCCACGGGAUCCAUUUUUGUAGCUUUGCUUCGUUUGUGGCCGAGGCCAUGCGACAACCUGAACGACCCAUCACCAUAAUUAUGUCAAUGUGCCAUGUGGUCCGGCACUGUGUUGCGGAUGGGACUGAAGUUGCGGCCCAUUUCUCUGGUGGUUCCUUUUUUGUUCUCAGUGAGAGAAACAAGUGUCCUGGAAGGGAGUACCAAUUUCAUACCGACCGUCAGGGCUUUCGACUACAGCCACACCUCGUACCAUCACGCAUCAAACCGGAGAUCGGACCGCUUGGAUUUGUUGAAGAACUUCUCCUAUUCUGUGGCAUUCCUCAGAACGACAGGCUUACUCACGGCCUAAUCGAUCUUCACCAAAUAGACGACUGGCGUUUUUUUGUUGGGAGGUCAUGCGAGGAGUUGGAGGACUUGGGAUUUGGGACCCGUACAAUUCAAUUGCUCGCGGAUGGUGUCCCACUGUACAUAGUUCACUUAAACGAUACCCUGUUUGAUACAUCAGAUGAGGAUGAAUUCAUCGACUAUGACGAUGAAUUCUAA